GUAUUCUUCGAUUUAGCCGAUCGCGGUUCACAGCAUUGCAAGUUUUGUCUCACGCUCGCGUGCCUCGCAGAACCGACCUGACGCGAAGUCGUAGCCAUCGAACAGUUUUAAUUUAUCUUCGUCACCAGAAUCGAGUGGACGGUCGUCGUCGGUUGGACCGCACCAGGGCGCGCAUUUUCACUGCUACUCAAAAUCGAUAGCCGUUCGCCUCUGCUGCUGAGUGGUGCCGGUGGUCUUAGAACAUCGGCAAACCCGUUCUCGUGCGUAGUCGCUCAAAGUCAGUUUGUUACGGUGCGUUAGCUUGCGUCUCGGGACAGUUAAAAAUCGAUGAUGCCAUAAAUCAAAAGGUUUCGCUAAUCCCGCAAACCUUUCCUGGAGUGUAAAUUCGACGUUUAGUGCUUUGAAUAUUGCGAACCAAUCUAACGACCGGUUUGCUUUCGAGCAGAUUCACAUCGCCCGCUACCGAUGACAAACACACCAAAAAUGUGGCCUUUGCGAGGCACGAAAAAAAAGUGAAUGAAAUCAAUCGCGUAGAGAAGCAAAGCAAAACCGAAAAUGAUGAUAAACGGUGACAGAAGUGGCAUGAGUGGCGCGCUAUUCAGCAAUCAAAUGGCAAUAAAUGGUGACCGGUAUCAACAGCAGCGUCAGCGUUCACGAGUGACAGGACCGGUCGAGGCAAUGGCGGCGUUGCCUGGAGGAGGUCAGUGGCAUGCACCAUUUAUCGAUGAUGUCAACCGACUGCAGAAUCAGACAAAAGAAAGUGUAGUUAUGCGAAAUAAAGUGAUUGAUCUGGACAAGAAUCGUAUAAAGUGCGGCCGCAAUAAGCUCUGGUCAAGGCCGCUGAGUUUCUCUGGUUUCUUCAAAAAGUCGCUGAACCAAGGUUCGAUACAGCUGGAGGCAAACAGGGAUGAAGGAGGUGUUCGACAUAGUACGAAUUACGCUGUCAAUCAGGGCCUGUCCGCUUCAAAUGGUAACGAACCAUCAGGGCGGGGCGCAAAGUUUGAUCUUAACAUGAUUCGUAAACUGGAAGAAGAAAUAUACAAAAGAGGCCGAGAACAGCGGCUGGAUGAGUGUAACGCGGAAGCGAAAGAUUUCCACGAUUUCUAUUUUAGUCAGAGAACGUUUGGCGAAAAGAAGACGUUCUCCAGUGAUACUUCGGCGUUCAAAGGGAAUGCCAAAGCGCUACUGGUGGUUGACUCAGAAGCACUGGAACCAAUGUUACUGAAGCGACCGCUGAGUACAGAUGAUGCACUUUUGCAAACUAGAUCUCGCGAAUCGGAAAACGAGCCGGACAGCCACGAGGAUGCAUCCAACAAAUCGAUCAUCAUCGUGGACAACUCUGAGUUCUACCCAGUGCUGAUGAGGUAUGAUAUUAAUAGCAAACUAGUGAAUCGGCAGUUCAGGAAACAAACCGAACAACAUAACGACGAAAAACUAAAAAUAUUCACCCAAAAGGGAGGUUCGCCACCCAAGACUGUGUCAACGAAUACCGUUGCCGGCGCAUCAUUAACUGGUAAUAAUGGCAAGAGCGGAGAGGCACCACUGUCACCGUCUAAAUUAACAGCUGUCAAGAAAGACUUGCCAGCCCUAAAAACUAAAGCAACGCGUAACGAAUCGGUCGCGUGUUGUGAAACCAAAAGUGUAAACAAUAAUAGUCAUGCUGCUCAACUGAAGAAACUAGUCGUUAACGCGCGACCGCCACCUCCUGCAGGGUCUGGGAGUGGCGAUCGUUCUAAAAAGACCCGCUCCAACCUCUUCCAACGGUUCCUUCUGCAGCGGAGAAGUCUCAACCUUUCAGUCAGACGUCGCCGACGUCACGAGUGUCAUUUCCGACCAUCGCCAGUAUCUACUUCAACGGAAUCAGGCUGUUUAUCGUAUAGCCAACCUACUGCUAACAAACUUAAAUAUGAAUAUUUAAAAAGGAUGCAACGAUAUGACUUUGAGACAUCGUCCACAACCGACCGACAUUUGUCUACCGCUCACACUAGCAGUGAACCAAAUCUUCUUUCACGGGCAAACUGGAAAAGUGCAUAUUUUCUACAACACCUUCAACGCAUACCCCGCAGUUGGAGCACUGGUGACCUGGACAGUCUGAACCAUCUGAUGUCAUCCUGCAAAAAUUUUGCCAACAUUUUCGAAAGCACCAGUGACAAUCUGUCCCGACUUUCGGCUAUCGUAAUCUCGUCCAGCAGCAACGGUUCCCCAUCGUCUGGCUCGCUGACAUCAUCCUCGUCAAUGUCAUCUGGUUCCAGAAUGCAGUCACUGUUGGGGAAUUAUUACCGCCAACUUCAAAGCAGAGACCGUUCGGCAUACAAAACACGUUCAGUGGUAACCAAACCUCCGUUGGGUUGCCCAAACGCAACCGGAACGGUAGGAACUGUAGGAACCACGAACCCGCCCAGCAAUGUUCAGAUUCUUCGGAAAAAAUCUUCAUCUUUUCGAGGUGUACUGAGACGAAGCAAUACUCCGGAUGUGGUUAAUACUUGGAUUUACAGAAAAAGUUACGAUGGCUCCGGCAGCGGUCUAGGUGAGCCCCCGUACCGGGGGCAUCACGGUAGCCCACACUCGUCACCAUCGCGGUACUCGUACAAUAAUUCUGCCAAAACCAGUAUCCAACAUUGGCGGACAUCCAGUGGAGGUGCCUCGGACUUCAAGCGAAACUCCAGACUCCGCAGCUCGACCAGUGCCGUACCCGGUGGUGGUGCCGGGGGAGGCAGUGGUUCUAGUACAAGCAGCAGCAGUACCGGGUCCAACAUGGUCGACCUCAACAUACCGCGUGGCCACUCGCCACACUUCAGUCCCUCGAGGCAAACCACGCAAACCGGCGACACACAGACACUGCAUGUUUACCUGCCGAACCACGGCUUCCGCAUGAUCCGCUUCGAUGAGGCAUCCGAUGUCCGACAGAUAAUUAAUCUGAUUGUAAAUUCAAUGUCACCCGGCCACAAAACGAACCCGCAGAGCUACGCGCUUCGGUUGAGGCACAUGCUGACCAAAGAGGUACUCUGGAUGCCACCGGAUACAUCGAUGACCCAGGUUAUGGCACACAUUUUCAAUCCAUCCUGUAGCAACGCGGACUGUCCGAAUGUGGAUAAAAGCACGAUUGCUAAAAAGAUGCAACAGAAGACCAGCGGGGUCGUUGGUCAUGCAAACAGUGUGUGGAAGGCGGAACUUCGCGUACGCUAUAUACCAAAAAACCUGAAAGAACUGUACGAAAAAGACCGAACCACGUGUCACUUCUACUUUGAUCAGGUCAAACAGGAUUAUAUCCAGUCCAACAUACCGAAUAUUGAUCAGGAAAUUGCAGUCCAGCUAUGCUGCUUGGGAAUCCGACAUUACUAUAAAGACACGAAUCACUCUUCGAACGAUCGGAAGCAUCAUCUUGAGUAUAUAGAAAAAGAGAUGGGCUUCAGUAACUUCAUACCAAAGUCUGUGAUAGAUACCAUUAAGCAGAAAAACCUGAAAAAGCUUAUCCAAGCCGGUUACAAGAAGGUGUACAGUUAUUCCGAAAUGGAAUACAUGCUCAAGUUCUUCGAUCUACUUCGAACACAGUAUACCUUCGAUCAGGAACAAUUCAAUGUUCAGCUUAGUAGUGGGUGGAACAUUCGAGUUGAUUUGAUUAUCGGUCCUCAUGUCGGUAUUUCUUACUCGGUCAACCCACAGGCACCGCCCACAAAAGUGACCGAUUUUGAAAAUAUCGAACGAAUAUCAACCGGUGUGGUAUCUUCCUCGCUGACUAAGAGUGGACACCAGGUUACGAAAUUGCCGGGCUCGAAAAAUUCCAAAGACCAACCCGAUCUUACCAGCUCCUGCGGCAGUGGAGGAAGUGGUGACAAAAAGGACAAAAAAGGAGUUAUCUGUCCUUGUAGUGAAAUAAAGACGCAGCUGAAAAUCAAAGUCAGUGGAAACAGUGAGGACCUAGCGAUCACAUGUGAUGGUAUAAAAACUUCCGAAAGUAUAGCCGAUCUAGUCGAUGGUUACUGUAGACUAUUUAAUAAUACUGAUAUUAGCUUAUGGGAUCGUACGGUCAUACCAAAAACCACACCCAACAACAGCACCACGAAUUCACUGGAAAAAAGUCAGAUUAAAAAAAUGACCGACUCGCAAUCAUCGGAGAAGCAAGACUCGCGACGAUCGAGCAGCGAUAAGCUAAACAACUCAGUGCAUAACGAUCUGGAAGCAAGUACCAGCUCAAAUUGUAAGCCUACCUUGAACGAUGAUUAUGCCGAGCUCGGAAUGUGUGACGAGGAAGGAGACUACUCGACACCGGCCGCACGGAACUAUGAGCUAGAUCGGACGCAUAUUACUUUGAAUGAAAUCAUUGGCGUGGGACAAUUCGGUGAUGUGCAUAUCGGAUCCUGUCGUUUAUCCAGCAAGUCCAGUCUGGCUAAUAAGUUGAAUCAAUCAUUGACCAGCGAGUUUGACGAUCUUUCGUUAUCAGGUGGUAAUGGGGAAAACAACAACAGCGAGGUACAGCAAAAAGGAGGUAUCGUUCAGGUGGCGGUAAAAACUUGCAAGGCUGACGCUGAUUUGGCUACUUCGGAGAAAUUCUUAGAGGAAGCAUACAUCAUGCAAAAGUUUGAGCAUCCGCACAUCAUCAAACUGAUCGGCAUCUGCAGCGGUCCUCCGAUUUGGAUCGUAAUGGAAUUGGCUCGGUUAGGUGAACUACGAGCUUACCUCAAAAAGAACGGUUCCAAAUUAAAGUUAGGAACUUUAUUGCUAUAUUCCUACCAACUGUCAACGGCGCUUAGCUAUUUGGAGUCGAAGAAAUUUGUUCACCGUGAUAUUGCGGCUCGCAAUGUGCUCGUCAGCUCGCCGACUUGUAUUAAGCUUGCUGAUUUUGGGCUCUCAAGAUGGGUUGAAGAUCAGUCGUACUACACGUCCACGAAAGGAAUGUUACCGAUUAAGUGGAUGGCUCCAGAAUCUAUUAACUUCCGACGAUUUACGACUGCCAGCGAUGUAUGGAUGUUCGGUGUCUGCACUUGGGAAAUCCUCAUGCUCGGAGUAAAACCAUUCCAAGGGAUAAAGAAUUGUGAUGUUAUUGGAAAGCUAGAGAACGGAGAAAGAUUGCCGCUUCCUCCGAACUGCCCACCACGAUUAUACUCGUUGAUGUCUCAAUGCUGGUCAUACGAACCACACAAACGACCCAAUUUCAAAAAUGUCAAAGAGGUGCUUUAUGAAAUACUCAUGGAAGAACGCCACAGCGACUGUGAAACAAUGCGUCGCGAGAAUCGUCGCGUUGCUGCUAUGUCUUGGGGCGCAGGCGAUGACAUGGCUCCCCCAAAACCUGCUCGUGGUCCUAUGAUGGGUGGAGACGGCUCUCAGCAGGCUCUCGGUGCUCCGCAGACUUAUAUCAUUGCUCGUGAUCCUGCGGUUUUAGCUGCACUGAUGCGCGAAAAUGAGCAGCGUGGCGUCAAUCCGUCGUGUUACACAACACCUGCCUCGGUAUUUAAUACUUUAGCCGUAGAUAUAGAUCCCAAUUCACAAAUUAAUACUGAUAAAGUCACGCAUGCCAAUGAAACAAAUGCAACUGGGAAUUUACCAUUAAAAACCGUGCCCUUGCCCGCUACUGAAUUACUCAAACUCGAUCCUACUAUCGACGAAGCCAAUGAUCAAACUUCAGCGACCAACGAUCCCAACUCUAGUGCGCCAUCGUCUUUGGAAGUAGAAAACCAAAACUCCCUUGUCACAUCGCCUUCCACUGCUACUUUGGUACCAACGACCUGUCUAGAUAACGUACCGAAUCAAACAGCUGAUUCCUUCGAAGUCUUGGAGCACAACAAAACCUCCAAUGAUGUUCUGUCCACUAAUAAUAACCAGAUCAAUGCUAACCAACCAAAUUCCACCUAUCCAAUCCCUUGUGAAAUCAUCAAUGCUAUCACUCAGCAAACUCAUUCCAUUGAACCGACCUACAAAGCGAUUCAGAAGAGUCAGCUGAACAGCAACUCUACUGCCGUUGCCGGCAUGAAUCAUUCUACACAGGCGAACAAUAAUUUCAUACAUCCCAAUGCUCCCCAACAGCAACAACAGCAGCAGUUCUUUACUUCAACUGCCAUCCAACAGCAGCCGGUUCAAGCGAUGCCAGCCAACUUGGUAAUGUAUCAGCAGUACCAUGCACAGUAUCAGCAACAACAGCAGGAACAGUACUUCCAACAGGUUCCAUAUCAGCAGCAAAUCUUCCAGCAGCAACAGCAACCACCUAGCGGCUACAUCCAAUAUCCGGUCCAAUUCGUUCAAACAGGAAUGGUAAAAUCCCCACAAGAGGAUCAGCAGCAGCACUCGUCGGGCAACUCUCGCAGCCUAGAGCGAAGUGCCGUUGCUACCUAUGCAGCGAGAAUCAAUUCUCUAGAGCGAACUCGUCAGAUGAGCAUGGAGUACGGAUCAGCCAAAGCAAUGCGAUCCAACUCUCUGACGCGGCAAUACAGUGGCGGAAAUCAAAUGGAGUCUUAUCCGGUCAGUCAUGGAGUUCGAUCGGCCAGUUUAGAACGUGGCGGACAAAUUGGACAAACUUAUGCGAAUAGAAUGGGUAGUCUGGAACGUAAUCAGAGCCAGACGGUCUUUAUGAACAACGCCAAAGGAGGAAGUUUGGAGCGUAAUCAAUCUGCCGCCAUCGUUAGUGAUUUGAUGAGUAAGGCCGCGUACAAAGGUGGCAGUUUAGAACGUAAUCAACACGUCAUGAUGAAUACCCCAAAUCGGGGCGGUAGCUUGGAGCGGAAUUUGUCCUACCAGGCUUAUCGAAAUCCAGUUUCGGCGGCUCCUCGCGAACAGGAGCCGUUCCAAGAAGAAAUUUACGAUUUUGGCGGAGUAAAUGUGAAAUCCUGUGCUUCGAUAGCUCUGAAAAAGAGUGUCGAGAAAGGAAUCCUUCCUCCUAGCACCCUUGUAUCACCGGGAGUUAAUCAAGCCGCGGCAAAUUUCACCCUUCCUCCACCGUAUAGUUCGGCUCAGAGCUCGAAAUUUAAUUUGCAACACCAACCACAGCAACAGCAAAAUACACCGCAGCGCUCAAUCUGGCAACAGCAGCAACAACAACAACUUUUCCAACAGCAGCAAUCAGCGUUCGUACCCGCUAAUCAGUCCACGCUUCCUCAAGGUGUCAUGGCUAUUGCUUCCUCACAGCAGGUCCAGUUACUUCACCAACCAUCAACCGCACAAUUGAAAACAGUUGGACUGGCACAACAGAUGCCAAUGGUAGCCACGAUUCCACAACAGGCAACUUGUCCUGCACAACAGCAGCAGCAACAACAACAACAACAACAUUCUCAAGCACAAUCAACAUCUUGCAGCUCUGGACAGAAGGUCCAGGAAACGCAACAAAUUCUCGAAGCAAAACUGCGCAGACAGCAGGAAGAAAGUGAGAUAGACUCCAAGUGGCUCCAGCAGGAGGAGAACAAUCUCAAGAAACGAUUAAGUCUGAUCACAUCCGCUGCAGGCAGCGCAUCGCUCGAUCAGCAGCAACAGGAACUGAACAAUGGCAGUGGUUCUUUGUCAGGCAGUUACCACUCACAGCAGAGUCCGCACUUUUCUCCCCAGAACACCAUGUCCGGGCCACAGAGUCUUGGCGAUCAUUAUCCGACAACACCGAAUACCUCAGAUUCAAGACCUCACACGCCUGGGUCUACGUGUGGUAUGAUCAAAUCUAAGAGUUCCUCGAUGGAACGCUGCACAACGCCACUUUCCGGGGAUGAAAAGUUUGUGAUGAAGAAACUGGAACCAACGCGUACAAUGCCUCUGGAUAGGAAUGGAGACAUUGUGUAUAUUGCAACCACCAGUGUGGUGAAAUCCAUCAUGGCUCUUAGUCAAGGGGUGGACAAAUCUCAAGCGGCUGACUACCUGGAUCUGGUACGAAACGUGGGAAUCGAACUACGCACGUUACUCGGCGCGGUUGAUCAAAUCUCGGUUUCGUUCCCAGCGCAAUGUCACAAAGAGGUGGAAAUGGCUCACAAAGUAUUAUCCAAAGACAUGUUCGAGUUAGUGGCGGCUAUGCGAUUAGCGCAGCAGUACAGCGAGACCACGCUUGAUGCUGAAUAUAGAAAGAGCAUGUUAUCAGCAGCACAUGUGCUCGCUAUGGAUGCCAAAAAUCUGCUGGACGUCGUUGACUCGAUCCGCGUGCGCUUUCCGAAUCUUGUGUUUCCAAAGCAGCCAAGUCUACCGACCAGCCCAACCCAAAAACAACCCCAACCUAUGAUGACUGCCUCGCAUCCUGCACCAUCCUCAUCGUCAGUUACGCUAGCUGGCUCUUCGGUAAGCACAACCAGCAGCGUAGGCAACCAUCCGUCCAGUGGCACAACGUCGCUUUCCUAUCAGCAGCAGAAAACAUUCGACAUGCAAUCUGCCGGCAGCGAGUGCUACCAAAAUCUACAGCCAAAGGAAAUCUUCAAUUCCCACAGUUCCCCACCGAGCUCACUAACGCAUUCCUAUGAGAGUAAUCAAUCUCAACUUUACAUCAAUCAGCAGAGUGGAAUCUACGACAAUGAUUGCGUGAUAAACCAGCAGUGGGCAAACGACGGCAAACCGACAAAACCAUUGAUCGCAAUGAAACCGCCAGCUGUAGCACUGGCUUCGCAUAAAUUAAAAUCCUCCAGCGUGUUUUUAGUCAACAAUCAGCAACUUUCAACCAACGAUGCGCUGCUAAAUGAACCGCUAAAAAUCGUGGAAGAUCCUUCUGAACUUUACUCUAAUACAACUACUGCCUGUGCUGCGGUGAUUAAUUCCAACUCUAGCAACAGUGUGCCAGUGAUGUCCUCCAGCAGCAGCUCAGGAGCGAUCAAACUAGCCGAACCGGUGUCUUGCACGAUCGUCCAGGAGAAUCUGCUGGUGACAAAUAAUCAAAAAAUCAUGGCCAACAAAUUGGGCUAGAUUGGUGAAUACACUAAUACACACUACUACUACUCUUGGAUCUAGUGAAAGACAUACGGUAUUGUACUAUUUUUAAGUGAAGAAAAGUAACAUUUUAAAUUUUACUACUCUUCUAAGUAAUAACAUUCAGACGUAUGUAACUAGAGGAAAAAAAACACGGAGUUUGUAUUAAUAAUAUCGGCAUUACUGUAGAUAAUCAUUAUACAAAUACAAUAACGAAUUAUGAAUGAAAUGGUGUUGAAACUACUGCAACAUUCCGCAAAAAAAUUUCUCCCUAAGGAAACGCUUCGAAUUGAUUUGCCAAUCAACAGAAUUAGCAAAUGAACCGCUUUUGAUGUUUGCGCUGCCACAGUGGUGGGUGUAUGCUUUUAAAGAUUAGGAGUUCCAUUUUCAGUUACUUGGAAUUGAAACUAAUUCUACGAAUGGAAAAUAGAACAAUCAGAUAUCAAGCAACAAUAAUCCCUCUUAUAUAACAGGUGAACCACACGUAUUCUACAUUUUUGAGAGCAUAUUAAAUACCAUUUACAGAAUAGAUCUCAAUCGAUAGAAAUUUUAAACUGCUUUUCCUGCUGCUAAUGUCAGUAGUAAAGGGUAGCGAACGUAUGAUUUUUUUUUGCAGGUGACGAUUCCUUGAGUAAGUAGCACUUACUGUUUUAGAUUUGCUAAUAUUGUUUUAUUCACUAACUUUCGAAAAACUUUACAUAAAAAGCGUAUAACAAACAGAAAAAGCUUACAAACUGAUAACCCAAAAUUGUAAAUACAAUUCAAAGUUCGGCAACUCACAAUUCAUCCACACUGCUAUUACUCUAUUGCAUAACAUAUAAUGGCAACAGCUUCGAUGAGAAGCAAACUAACUUAUCUAGAAGUACAUUUCUGUGCUAACUGUACUAAUUCAAAUUAUCAAUAUAUAUCUGUUAUUACUACCACUACUAUGUACUAACUUCCUAUAUUGCAAAGAAAACAAAAACGAGCGAGAGGGCUCAGAGGGCUUCAGGUGGCCCUGAAUCGAUAAGGGGUUUGGACCCUAUCGCUCAUUCAAUAAACAAACAAAAACAGAACGCAAAUUGCCUCGUGCUAAUGCCAAACAUUUCCUAAUCAGUGAACGAAAGUUUGGGAAAGUCACUAAUUUAUUCGAAAGGUGGAAUUUGUACCUAAUAAAUAAAACGAUACAGCAGAUCAUUUCAUUGCUUCA